AUGGAACCACAAAUGUCUUCGAAGGGCCUGUUCUCUUCUGGGGCUUCCCCAGACUCUUCUGUCUUCAGUAUCCCAGGAGUCAAGGAAAGAUAUCACAACUUUGUGAAACCUGCAGCAGAUAAAAGAGACUAUAGAGGCUUGCUGUUGACAAACAGACUGAAAGUGGUUCUGGUAAGUGAUCCAGAUACAGAUAAGUCUGCAGCCGGAUUAUCUGUCCAAGUUGGAACUUACAGUGAUCCUGAUGAAAUCCUCGGAUUGGCUCAUCUUUGUAAAUGCAUGCUCGUUAUCGGGACGAAGACAUAUCCUAAGGAAAAUGAGUUCAAUAAAUUUAUCUCAGAGCAUGGAGGUUCUACCAUAGAGCGUAUCUGGUGCGAUCGUACUGAGUUUUGUUUUGAUGUUACAUACCCUUAUUUAAAGAAAGCCCUGGAUAUGUUUGCCGAAAUUUUGACAACACCACUCUUUCCAGAAUCUGCCAUAGAUCGAGAAAUAGACUUAAUAAAUUCCGAAUUUGAAUCUUACAAAUCCUCAGAUUAUUGUCCAAUGAUCCAGCUCAAGAAAAGUAUUUCAGAUCCAGAGCAUCCCUUCUACAAGUUUAAUAUGGGUAAUAAAGAAACACUUAAGGCAAUACCAGAAUCUAAAGGCAUUAAUAUCAGAGAAGAAUUACUAAAGUUUUACCAAAAAUGGUAUUCAUCUAAUAUAAUGUCCCUUAUCGUCGUGGGCAAAGAAUCCUUGGAUGAACUCGAAGCUAUGAUAGUACCGCUAUUCUCUAAUAUUGAAGACAAAUCAACAACAGCGCCAUCUUGGCCUUUGCAUCCAUUCCCGCCUGAACUUCGCCAAAGGAGAAUCUACAGUCUACCUACCAAAAAUCUUCGUUACCUAAACAUUGACUUUCCAAUACCAUGUACAAGAAAGCAUUACAAAACUAAGCCUAUACGGUAUCUAUCACACCUCAUUGAUUACGAGGGACCUGGGAGUAUACUAUCAGCUCUUAAGAGACGCGAAUGGUGUUACAGAUUACGCUCUGGAUCCACUAUGUCUACACGUAGCUUCGAUUUUUUUUCCAUUCAAGUAAACCUCACCGAGAAAGGAAUUAAUCAUAUUGAUGAAAUCAUCGGUUUAAUAUUUCAGUAUCUAACCAUGUUAAAGAACCAGGGUCCUCAGCAUUGGAUAUGGGAAAAGCACGAGAAGAUCAUGGAUAUUAAAUUCAGGUCCAAGGAAGUACAGGACCCGUUAAUUACAGUAAGACACCAUGUGGAUCUCAUACAGGAAUAUCCAAUGGAAGAAAUCUUCAGUGUCGAUGAUGUGAUGACAGAAUGGAAACCAGAGUUGGUAACAGAACUAAUCUCGUUGCUUACACCAGAGAAUAUUAUUGUUCAUAUAGCUGCUAAGGUGUUUAAAGAAAAGUGUACUACGACAGAGUUUUGUUAUGUCUUACCUGCCACCUGGCUAUGCGCUGAUUGUUUAAACGAUGAUAUGAGUGCUGAACUUACACCGUCGCGCAAUAUCACGACUACCAGAGGGAAUAAAAAACAACCUCCACAAACGUCUUCACAUUUUAAUAUAUCCUCGGAAGAUGUUCGCUCGAUGAUACAGGAAACCUUGAAAAACGAACUCAAGGCACAGCUAUCUAUAUUCAGUGACCUUCUUAAUAGUAACUUGAGCAGAGAAUUGCAUCCGAUCAAGGAACAAAUGGAGCAAAUGAAUGAUUCGAUGACUUAUAUGAACAAUCAGUAUGAAGACCUUCUUAAGGAGUAUUCAACCUGCAAGGAAGAACUAAAAGUACUACAGGUGGAAAACUCUAGAAUGGAGCGACGAGUUAUACCUACCAACACCAAGCGACUAUCAGCAAAGAAAACAAGAUUAAAAACUGUAUAA